CAUGUUUCGUAUGAUGUGUGCUGAUUAAAUCGGAAACAAAUAAAUUAAAACAAUUUUUAACUCUGAAGAUUGUUUGUAAUGUUUCUUUAAAACGUCAAUAAUUUUAAUUCAUCAUUUCAUCUCAUCCAAUCGGAAGCGCCGCAAUACAUGCGUCACUUCCUCAUCGAGUAAAAAAUAUCUGUUGUGAUUGUGUGAGAAAACGUGCUGCUUUUUGUUUUUAAUGUGGACUCACUUUCUUAUAUCUGAAAAUCGUACAGGCUAAUUACUAGAUGGAGUGAUUGAUUUUGCGUUGUUGAAGUGCGUAUUUCCUGAAAGAAAAUUAAUUCAGGAUGAUCUUAGUGAAGUAGGAUGAAUCGUAAACAUCAUUGAGGGUAAACAUGCAGCAUGAAGUUUUGCCGGAUAAAAUACUUUCUCUUCUUUCGGAGUUAGAAAAUCAUUAUGGAAAACUUGGAUUUGAAUUUCAACCUUUUAAAGUAAUCAGUUUAAUUGCAACAAAUAUUGGAUGGUACAAUUCUUUAGUCCAGCCCAUAUUCAAACUUAAUUAUGAUGAUGAUACUGUAUCAUUCUUAAUUAUCAGUGCACCCAGAAUGUUUGAAAAUGCUUUUAUUCCUUUUCUCAAGCAAAGAGAUGGAGAUUUAUCUGGACUUAGAGAUCCAAUUGAUCAAUGCAUGAUAUUUUAUUUAUCUAAAAUUUGUCAGUUUUUUCCAAAUUUUGGAGCAAAAAUUGUGUAUGAUUUUGAACUUCAUCCUAAUAGAAGACCAAAAAUAGUAAUGCAAACUGUUGCUCAUGCUUCGGGUGCUGCAUACUUUUAUCAUCCUCAAGUAAUUGGUCAACAAGAAAACUCUAAAAAAGUACCACAAUUGUUUUGUUUUUUGACUGCGUUAACGUUGACUUAUCACAUUUCGUCAAUUUUUGGUGAUGCUCUGUUAAAACAGAAAACCUACAGAAGAUUUGAGCUAAGGAAUGGCAGGAUUCAAUUAGAGUCAUCUCCGGGUUUCAACCGUAGCCAUCCUGAAGGAAAUGAACGGGAUUUAGUACAGAAUAACAGUUCCAAGUUAACAACUUCUGACUUACGUUUGCCAUAUUUCAGUCAACACUAUUCUGAAAAACGGAAUCUUUCCUCAGAAAUGUUUAUUCCAUCUAAUUGGGCAUUUCUUCAAAAUAAUAAUAAGGCUGUUGAAACAUUAAAACCUGGAGCACGUACCAAACAUUAUUCUAAUGCUGCCUGGAGAAAUUCAUCUGAUGAGUUGUCUCAUUCUGGAAAAAAUGAAGAUUCCAAUAUGUCUAUACCUGCCAAUAUGAAUCUUAAUGUUUGGUAUCCUAAAAAUACACCUGAGCCUUCUAUUUAUUCUGAAACUUUAACGGAAUCCCAAUCAGAAAAAGUUCCUUUGAUUCUUAUAACAUUGCCUAGAUCUCAUAAAACAAAUCAUAUAAAACGUGAUUCUCUCAUAAGUCAUGUCAAAACAGAUAGUUUAAAUUCUAGUUCUUUUGCUGGAGGACCACGGCAGCUAACUAUUACAGAUACAGAUCACCCAGUCUUACCUAGUCCACAAGAUUCAACACUAAUAGCUGACUUUUUACCUAAAACAACAAAUUAUAAUUGGAGGCCAAUUAGUAGAAAUGGAGUUCCUUUGCAUGUUGAAAAUUCCGGAGACAGAAAGAGUAAAUCGAUAAAUAAAAGCAGUUUCAUUAACAAUUAUUUUGUUCCAAAUCUAUUUCCAGACCAACAUUUUAAAGACACAGAUAUAAAGAAUAAAUAUCCAAGUUUCCCCAGAGAGCAAGACAAAUAUUCAAAUCACGAUGAUAAUUUGCAACGACAUUUUCAACAGACCAAUGGUGAAAUGAAUGAUCAAUCUGGAAACAGUAACUAUACCCCUGAAGAAGAAAAACAACAUGGAGUCAAUGCAAGGCAAUACAGCCACAAUGCUGUCAGGCAUGCAUAUACUGGUACUGUAGAUUCUUCACUCCAAAGGAACCAUUUAUCUGAUAAAGAAAACUUAAGUCGAGUGUACAUACCUGUAACCGCUAUCUUCAUUCCAACAAAUAACUUGUUUAGUAAUAAUUCAGGCACAUUUCAGAAUCAUAAAACUGAAAAUGAGAGAAAUAAAAAUGCUUCUAAUACUUUAAAUAAUGUAUACAUACCUUACAGCGCGGCUUCAAUAAACGUGCAAAAUAUAAAAACAAACGAGGGCAUUCGAGAUAAAAACACUCUACCAAGGCCAACUAACAACGAUAUUUCUUUAUUUCAAUUAACCCAUAUGAAUACUAGGGAAAAGCCCAAAAUUAACACAUUAAAUUAUAUUUUGCCUAAGACACACAAUCGAGAAGUUUCGAUUUUUAAAAGUUCCAGUGAAAGCUUAUUUCAUCGAAAACCUAUAAUGAAUUCUAACUCUUAUGAAACACCAGCAAGAUACCUGGACAUUGAAAAACAACCUGAUGAUUCUUACAGAAACCACGUCCAACAUCAUUCGAUUUUAAAUUUAAAAAGCUUUAAGCCCAAUGAUUUUUCUAGAAACCCUGGAUAUGUUUACUUCCCUGACGAAAUAACUGGUUCUUAUAAUUUUAUAAAGAAUAAUACCAUAAAAUCUUUUGAAAAUGAUUUCAUUGAUAAAGCACAUAGCUUGGAAAAAGAAUCAAUUAUUCCUGAACAAAAUUUGUAUCAAACCACUAAACCUCAUUCGAGUUUCUUUUACAAUACAACGUCACAACAACAGUCCCAAAGAGGUUACAUCGAUGAGCCUAAAGCGGAGGGAGUUUUACCAAUUAAUUUAUAUUCUGAUCAAGCUGUAAAUAAAGGAUCCUCAGUUGGUGAAAAAAGUAACGAUGCUUAUUACAUUUCUUGGAUGCAAAAUGUUCCAUUUAAUGAUCCGGAUUUAAAUAAGAAGACAACAGUGGAUUAUAAUAAUGAGAACGCAAACAAACCAGAAAUAAGCUUUGUCAACCAUGUUUUACCACAAAAUGAAUCCGUUGUUGAAAAUACUCAGUGGGAUCAAAACACGGCCCAUCAUGCAGAAUCUGAGAAUGAAUUCUCAAACGGAAAAGGUCAAUUCGGUUUCUCUUCAACAGAAGAACCACAGACAGAAGUGUAUAAUUCAUUCGAUUCAAUGUACAGUAAACUUGCAGAACAUAUUCAGAAACCUCAGUUUUCAUUCAUAAAACCUAUAUAUAACAUCACUCCUCAAAAUAAAAAUUUUCCAAUGUCUGGUGAUAAUCAAAAUUAUAGGUACUAUGAUGCAAAAGUUGAAGAUGAUAAUCGAACUAACGAAUCAGAGCAAUUAGAUGCUUUAAAAGGAGAUGCCAACGAUGAAAGACCAGUGGAUAAAAAAUCAAAUCCCUCAGAUGCAUUGCUCUUAGUGCUUUUAGUUCGUAAAGCAACUUACCCAACGAGGGAAGAAACUAAGAUCAUCAAGCAAUAUAGUCCGCCGACGCAAUAGUCUCAAAAAUAAGAAACGAAGUUUUAGUUUUUAAUUUCAAAUACCUACUUUCAAGUAUAUUGAAAUAAUUAUCCCAAGAAAAAAGAUAAAAGUUGAUUUCAAAAUAAUAUAGAUUACACUUUACUACAGAUUACACUCUUAUUUAAAUUAGUGUAUACCGCAAAAACGCAUCAUCUGUUUACGUCAUGCAUGAUAUUCUGUCAUUCGCUAUGAAAAGUAUAUAAACGUAAAUGAAGAAUGAAAUUUGUAGUCUCCACUUUAACAAAAAGUGAUGUAAGUCUAUAAGCUACUAAUAUUGAUCUAGAUAACUCUGACACUAUUGAGAAAUACAAAAAAUCGAAUAGUAAUAAGACAUUACGAAUGAAAGUAGUACUUUGGAAAUUUGAUAUAGAUAAAUUAAUACAAAAACUAAUUACAAUUGACUAAGGAAGCAUUUUGAGAACAUUGUGGAAGUUUUCUGUCCUAUUAGUUGAAGUAUUUAUGGUAUCUUUCUUGGCAGAUGCUACAUUAUUUUUACUAUCACUUUUCAAGUUCCAUAGAUCAAGUUGCAAGUUUUAGAAACUCAAUACUUACAAUCGGUAUGAGAGUUGCAUAAAUUAGCAAAUCAUAUAUUUCAUUAAUUGAAAUACAUUUCACCAGCCAGAUGGCACGAAAAGCUCUUACCAGUUCUCUGGAAUAAAGGCGAGGAUUUGUUUUUCUAUGAUACAUCAACAUUGCGGUAUAAAUAUAGCUAGUUGUAAACUAACAUUUUGAUUGGUAGUGUCAAGAUACAUUAGCAUCUUGAGAGAUAUAUAUGGAGCAGAUGUUAAUAGAAAUUUGCAUAGCUUCUGGAUUUAUGGAGUUUUCUGAAGUAAGCCUCCACCCUUUCUUUGCAGCAUAAUUUGCUGAAUCCAUCGUGAUUCACUUCGAAUGGUUUUGUGCCGUCUGCAAGGAACUUUACUGUGUUAUGUCUUUUACUACUACAAGAACUCAACUGUCUUACGCUAAUCCACUACGAGAACUCUACUACUACUUGUAAAAUCUACAACUACUUGUAAAAACUACUACCACUACAACUACUACUUGUAAGAUUUUUGGUGUUGUGAGGUAGGCGUUAACUAAACUAAAGACAAUCUUGCAUGACUCUCUAAACUUUUACUUAACUGUAAGUUUACAAUUAUGAUGCUGAAA